GCGCACGGCGCUGAGGGUCUGGCUGCACUGCGCGGUGGGAGAUGAGAGUUUAGAGCAGCAGGUCGCUGCCACUAAAUCAGAUUAAUAGGCAAACUGGAUUGUGACGUCAGGGUUUAAAACUGUGGGCGGCGUCGUCUCGCGCUGUCCGUGCUGGAGCGGCGCUGUGUGAAGGACGGCACGAGCUGCUUGCUCUCGCUGCACGGGCAAGCAUGACUCCAUCAGCAGCAGCAACAGUAGCAGAACCGUAGAGCAGCUACCCCAAAGACAAGCCUCUGACGAUGGCCUCCUAUUUGGAGAUACUUGAUGAUGACCAGGGUCAUGAACUGAGUCUUUUUUGUGUACCCAAACACUACGAAGAAGAUUUAGACAGUGUUAUAAUUCCCAAUGGUCUCAUUAAAGAUCGGACUGAGCGGCUGGCCAGGGAUAUUGUUCGUGAUAUGGGAGGACACCAUAUUGUGGCACUGUGUGUGCUAAAAGGAGGGUAUAAAUUCUUUGCAGACCUGAUGGAUUACAUCAAGGCACUGAAUCAGAACAGCGAUAAGUCUGUGCCGUUGACUGUGGAUUUCAUUAGGCUAAAGAGCUACUCAAAUGAUCAGUCAACAAACUGUGUAAAGGUUAUUGGCGGAGAUGAAUUAUCUGCUCUUAGUGGAAAGAAUGUGCUCAUAGUCGAGGAUAUUGUAGAGACAGGGCGGACCAUGGAAACACUGCUAGCGUUAUUAAAUGAAUGUAAUCCCAAAAUGGUCAAAGUGGCCAGCUUACUUGUGAAAAGGACUCCAAGAAGCUCAGGAUACCGUCCUGAUUACAUUGGGUUUGAGGUUCCUGAUAAAUUCUUGGUGGGAUAUGCUCUGGACUACAAUGAGUAUUUCAGGGAUCUGAGUCACAUCUGUAUACUAAGCGACAGAGCAAAAGAAAAGUAUAGAGUAUGAAAAGAAUCCCAAGUGCUGGACGCAUGAAGACUAAGACCACUGUGAACCUUCCCUUUCUGAUGUGCUGGUUAUGAAGAGGUUGUGGUUUUUUUUUUUUUUUUUUUUUUUUUCUUCCCCCCACUCUAUUCUUCAUUUUAUGUUUUAUCAAAGAAGUAUGAACUCAUAGAAUGCAGGGAAGAAAUGAGAAAUAAGAGCCCAAACAGGAGAGAGAGAGAGAGAGAGAGAAGAAAGACUAGAAAAUAAAUUAUGAUUUUGUUUGGAAUCAGUAGGCCUAGUUUUAUCAUAGUAUUAUGAUUAUAGACUGUAAAUUGUUUUACAUAUAUUUAUUUAUUAUGUCUACUGAGGCCUUAGGUGUACUUGAACAAUUUUGUUAUAAAUGGCACUUUUGAUUAAUGUGGCAGUGUCUCAUACUUUAAGGUCCAGAGAAGAGGAAAUGUAAGACAUUAUUGGAGGCAGUGCAGAACUGUACAUUUUGUUGUUACCUCUAAUAAAUCUGUACAAUAUUUUAUUCAUGUGCUGACAAA